UCCUGGAAACCUUGAUCCCAUUCAUGCAAAUAAGCAAAUUUAAUUGAUCUCGGCUAGCUAUCUGCAGUCUCACUACGGGCUACGUACGAACUCAUGGAGGCUGCUUUGUGCCAAUGCUCUUUCUCUUUAGCAUACAAAAAACUAGCGAGAGUCACUGACAUGAGUGAGAAGCAUGAGCGUUGGUUGAUGAAAAGGAGUAGUAGAAUUAGCAUGGGGUCCAACCUAGGAAGUGGGAAAAUUGAUGCAAAAUCUUAUACAACAUUUUCCAUGUUGUUGGAAAGAUUUGCAUUGACAAGAAACAAACGUGAUGGUCAUGUUGUUUCAAUAAAUGCUGCGAGUUUCGAUUCGUACCCUAAUAACAUGAGGAAGAUCCAAGGAGAUGGUGGCGAUCAUGUACUGAAGGAUACGACAGUGCCUUAUGGUGGAACAACCUCCACUUUAGCGAAAAUGAAUGAAGGCAUUGGAGUCUUGAGUUUUCUAAGAGGGAAAAAUCUUUUCAUUACUGGUGCUACUGGAUUCUUAGCCAAAGUGCUCAUUGAGAAGAUUCUACGAGCAGUGCCAGAUGUGGGUAAGAUAUAUCUUUUGAUCAGGGCAAAAAACAAGGAAUCUGCAAAUGAAAGAUUACAAAGCGAAAUAAUAAAUGCUGAGCUGUUCAAGUGUCUCCGGCAAAUACAUGGGAAAUCCUAUCAAGACUUCAUGUUGAGCAAACUGGUGACUGUAGUUGGUGAUGUCCGAGAGCAUAAUCUGGGUUUAGAUGCACAAGUGGGUGACGUGAUUAGAAAAGAAGCCAAUAUUAUUGUAAAUUCUGCAGCUACUACAGAUUUCCGUGAAAGAUACGAUGUUGCUGUUGAUAUAAACAUAAGAGGGCCUUGUCUGCUCUUGAGCUUUGCAAAGAUGUGCAAGAAACUUGAGCUCUUCUUGCAUAUAUCAACAGCUUACAUUCAUGCAAUAGGAGAAGGAAUAUUUAUGGAAGAGUCACUUCGCGAGGAGGCUAGCCCUCCAAGUUCCUUCCCUACUUUGGACGUCAACCUUGAAAUGAAGUUAGCUUUGGAUUCCCUGGAAGAUUUUAAAACUAAAGGACUGACUCGGAAAAUGAAAGAAUUAGGUUUGGAAAGGGCACGAAAAUUCGGGUGGAAAGAUACAUAUUCCUUCACUAAGGCUAUGGGAGAAAUGGCAAUGGGAAAAAUUAAAGGAGAGCUUCCUAUGGUAAUUGUUCGACCAAGUGUUAUUGAGAGCACUUAUAGAGAGCCAUUCCCUGGAUGGAUAGAAGGGAUUAGAAUGAUUGAUCCAAUCAUUUCAUCCUAUGGAAAAGGGCAGCUAACGGGUUUUCCAAUUGAUCUAAAUGGGGUCUCCGACAUUGUCCCCGCUGACAUGGUUGUGAAUGCCACCUUGGCAGCCAUAACAAGGCAUGGAAAGGCCGGAAAGGGAGACAUUAAUAUCUACCAUGUUGCCUCUUCAGUAGCCAACCCCUUACUAAUACGAGAUCUUUUUACAUUUUUUGGUGAUCACUUCAUUUCAUCCCCCUGGAUCGGCUCCGAGGGUAGGCCAAUCAACGUACAAGCCUGCAAAAUGUACGGCUCCAUGGAUGAAUUUUCUGCUCACAUUUCGCGGGAUACAAUUCAGCAAAAUUCAGAUGGGAAACUUGGUAAGGAAUUUGAAAAUAGUUGCAAAAAAUUGGUUGAGAGAGCAAAGUACCUAGCCAAUAUAUAUGAGCCAUACAUGUUCUACCCAGGAAGGUUUGAUAACAGCAAUGCCCAGAAAUUGAUGGCAAGCAUGUCUGAGGAAGAAAAGAGGAUGUUUUGUUUUGAUGUGAGGAGCAUAGAUUGGAAAGACUACAUCCUUAAUGUCCACAUACCUGGCUUAAGGAUGCAUGCAAUGAAGGAGAAAGCUGGAAUGUCUAAUUAACCCGUAUGAAUUUUAUUCCGUGGUAUCCCUGGAUUUUAUAAGAAAUAAAUGCUAGCUUCUGCCACUUUUUUACUUUUUUUUCUUUUUUCUUUUUCUAGUCAUCUAUGAGUGGACAGCAGAGUUCUUCACUCUUUUUUUCUCAAUAAUAAAUUAUCUUGUUUUGUUUUA